CUUUCCUCUCGUCUGUCCUUGGGGUCUUCUUGUAUGAGUUGGUUUUUUUGUUCCUCGAAAAACAUGUCGACACCAACUGCUAACACCGCCGAUGGACAAUGUAUUGCGGCCGCUACAGCCCGUUGAGGGAGCUAAUAAGGUCCAGAAACUGGCGACUGGUGGCGGGCCAGUAGGUCCUUCGAAUCAGCGACGGACAUGUCUCCAAUGCCGAGUCAGAAAAGUCCGCUGCGAUGGAAGACAAGACGUCUGUCGGAACUGCGAACGCCUCAAAUUCGAAUGCUCGUUCCAACAAACACCGGAGAAAUCAUCCGGACAGUAUGUCCAUAAAUUACCUGAACGUCGCCGGCGGAUGCAAGCCUGUCUCUCCUGUCGCAGCGCCAAGAUGAAAUGUUUAGGUGAAAUGCCUGAGUGCUCCAACUGUGUGAGAAAGGGGCUGGUAUGUUCAUAUCCCGGGUCGAAGAAAGGAGAGCCGGGGUCGUCUACGUCUGGGGACUCGAUCCAUGGACAAGAUCACGUCACAUCACCACGGGAGCGUGACAGUGGUUUGAGUGAUGCUGACAGACCGAGAGACGAUGUGCCCCUGGAUCACGAUACGCUGAUCAAGUUGGUCAAAGACUAUUUUCGGCACCUGUACCCUCUACCGUCUUACGCAUUCCUACACCAGACGACAGUCACGGAGCGGUGUCAUGAUAGGACGAUCAACCAGCCGCUCAAGUUGGCGAUAUGUGCCAUCACCGCCUUGCAGUUGCAACGCACUACUCUGAGCCAUGAUUUAUGGGUCCAACAAGCGGAGCAAAUGAUUCUUCGACAACUAGGACAUCCUUCCAUCUUCCACUUGCAGGCCCUUCUGCUGGUCAUCCGCUAUCGGAUAGAAAGCGGCUCAUUCUCUAAUGCGUUUAUGCUGGCUGCUUUGGCGGGCAGAUCUGCUGUGGCCCUCCGGUUGAACUAUGAGCGAUCAGAAUUGUCUCCGUUGGCUCAAGAAGCACGAAGGCGACUGUUCUGGUCGUUGUUCUUGCUGGACGACUUCUUCUGUGUGGGGAUCAGGGAGUUCGAACUCUGUCCCCGGGAAACAAUACGGCUUCAGCUUCCUUGUGAUGAGGAGCUCUUCGAGGCAGGGCAGCCCUGCCGCACUGGCAGUCUCCAUCAGCAUCCUCUUGAAGUUCCUGCAACGAUAGGGCUGCGCGGCGCGUUUCUACGACUGGUGGCCAUCAGAAGAGAAAUUAUGAGAUUCAUCCGCCGCGUCGGCCUCCGAGAAAUCGAACCCAGCUUCAUCAGCGACACCAUCCAUGUCUUCGAACAACAACUCAAAUCCCUGUACUCAGGUCUCGGCCACACCGAGCUGUACUCCGUCUCCAACCUAACGACCUGCAAGCUCCAAACCCAAUUCGUCAUGCUCCACGCCUCGUGGCGCCAGUGCUUCUGCGACCUUUACCGCCUCUUCCUCAACGGGUACACCGAGGCGGCCCCUCCCCCUGUUUUUGCCAUAGUCCAGCCUCGUAAUCGGGAUGUGAUGCAAAGGCAGUGUGUUGAACAUGCUGAGGAUAUUUUGCAGAUUGUGGAGGAUUUGUGGAAUUAUGGGGAUAGGAAUGCGCUGCUGGAGAGGGAUACGGCGGUUUGUGGUUUUGAGAGCGCAAGAAUUAUACUGUUUGUUGCUGGCGACGGAGCAAGUAAUGCGGCAGCCACAGAGCUAGCAACUAUGAAGGCGCAGUUGUGCUUAGAUCUGAUGACGCAUUAUUUCGCGAGUUCAGCUUGGGCUACGCCUAUGAGGAAUAACCUAGAGCGUAUCAUUCGGGAUUGUUCGGCUCGUCUUGCUCAACACAAAGAAGUUGCAACGGAACCGGCUCCGCCUGAUCCUCCGCCGUCUUCCAAAAUAUCUCAGUACGCCAACUCGCGACAGAAACUCUCAGUGCACAGUCUGCUGCUGCAGUCCAAUUUUGUUGAUGACAGCGAAGAAAUCACACUUCCUCCCCUAAGAUACACCAGGGAACCUCAGGAAGGCUAUGGUGACCUUGUAAACAAGGCCGGUUCAUGGGCCGAUAGCCGGGUGAUGAACUUGCCCUCAUUGAUGGGAAAUAGAAACCCAGAGACGGCUUCAGGGCCCAUCGCGAAUGCAGUGACGUAUGAUGAAGACGACGGGUAUAGCAGUUCGGGGCCGGCUUUCAAUCCCUGGAUGGGGUUCCCGGGUAAGGACGAUGUGUAUGGUGUAUGUGGGCUUUCAGGGGAUCUUAAUGAGGACUUUUGAUGAACUUUUGUACACCUAUACAUUAAUUAUUGGGUAUGGUUGUGUUGCCAUGCAAUGUUGUUGAGGGACACACAAUAGAAAUGAAGUGUAUUAUGGUGAGGAAAGAAAGCUAGGCUAGUGUUGUUGGUCUGGAACUAAGUAGUGGUGGUGGCUGCGCAGGUACCACCUCUGACA